AGGAGGAGCGGGGAGUGGAGGAUGGAGCCCCAGGCAGCCGCAGCGGGCUCCGCCGAGCCUGCCGCUGCGCCCUCCUCCUUCCAGGCCCGGCUCUGGAAGAACUUGCAGCUGGGGGUGGCCAAGAGUAAGGGCGGCGGCGGCAGCGGCAGCAGCGGGCGCGCCGGGGGCCCGGAGCAGCGCACGGCGGCCACCCCGUCGCCCUCCCCGCCACCCCCUGGGGGCAGGCGGGAAGCACUGGCCGGAGCAGGUGGCCCGGGCAGUAGGUGGAUCGGCUUCAAGAAACGCAAGCAAGUGUUGGACCGCGUCUUCUCCUCCUCCCAGCCCAACCUGUGCUGCUCCUCCACGGAACCUCUGGAGCCCGGCGGCCCCGCCAGAGGCGAGCAGGGGUCCACGCUGCGCCGCAGGAUCCGCGAGCAUUUGCUCCCCGCGGGAAAGGGGCCCGCUGCGGUGACCGGAGCCGGCGGAGCGACGCCUCCUGGCGGACUCUCCCCAGACUCGGCUCCCUCUUCGUCCUCCGCUUCUUCUUCCCUGUCCUCCUCGCCUCAGCCACCCCCGAGGGGGAACCGUGCCCAAGAUGAGGGUGCACAGCGUCGGGGCGCCGCGGCGCACUUGUGCCAUCAGAAGAGUUCCUCCCUGCCAGGCACUGCCAGCCUGGAGCAGCUGCUGGAGCCGCCUCCACCCCCGGCGGGGGCAGGGCGGGCACAGAGCUCGAGGGAGCCUUGGACCCCCGAGAAAGGCGGGGAGUGCGGCGGCAGCCAGAAAAUAAAUACUUCUGGAACCAGUAAUGCAGAUGUCCCCCUGGCUGAUCCCGGAAUGUACCAAUUGGAUAUUACAUUAAGAAAGGGUCAAAGUUUAGCUGCCCGAGAUCGAGGAGGGACAAGUGACCCAUAUGUGAAGUUUAAAAUUGGAGGAAAAGAAGUUUUUAGAAGUAAAAUAAUACACAAGAACCUCAAUCCUGUGUGGGAGGAGAAAGCGUGCAUUCUUGUCGAUCAUCUCAGAGAGCCAUUGUAUGUGAAGGUAUUUGACUAUGAUUUUGGACUACAGGAUGAUUUUAUGGGCUCAGCCUUUCUGGAUCUCACACAGUUGGAGUUGAACAGGCCCACAGAUGUGACUCUACCACUGAAAGAUCCCCACUAUCCUGACCAUGACCUUGGAAUCAUUUUGCUGUCAGUCACCCUUACACCUAAGGAAGGAGAACACAGGGAUGUGACAAUGCUAAUGAGGAAGAGUUGGAAAAGAUCAAGUAAGGAACUCUCAAACAGUGAAGUGGUUGGAUCUUAUUUCUCUGUGAAGUCUUUCUUUUGGAGGACGUGCGGCAGGCCUGCUUUCCCUGUCCUGGGCUUCUGCAGAGCAGAGCUUCAGAGUGCUUAUUACCAAAACGCACAAUUUCAGACCCAAAGUUUACGUCUGUCAGAUGUACACAGAAAAUCACAUCUCUGGCGAGGAAUAGUCAGUAUCACGUUGAUUGAGGGGCGAGACCUCAAGGCCAUGGAUUCAAAUGGGUUGAGUGACCCCUACGUGAAGUUCCGGCUUGGGCAUCAGAAGUAUAAGAGCAAGAUUAUGCCCAAAACUUUGAAUCCUCAGUGGAGAGAACAAUUUGAUUUUCAUCUCUAUGAAGAAAGAGGGGGAAUUAUCGAUAUCACUGCAUGGGACAAAGAUGCUGGGAAAAGAGAUGAUUUUAUUGGCAGGUGCCAGGUCGACCUGUCGGUCCUCAGUAGGGAACAGACGCACAAGUUGGAAUUGCAGCUGGAAGAGGGCGAGGGACACCUGGUGCUGCUGGUCACCCUGACAGCCUCGGCCACAGUCAGUAUCUCUGACCUCUCUGUCACCUCCCUGGAGGACCAGAAAGAGCGGGAUGAAAUAUUUAGACGAUAUAGCCCCUUGCGGAUAUUUCACAACCUGAAAGAUGUGGGAUUUCUCCAGGUGAAAGUAAUCAGAGCAGAAGGAUUAAUGGCUGCUGAUGUGACAGGUAAAAGUGACCCAUUUUGUGUAGUGGAACUGAACAAUGAUAGGCUUCUAACACAUACUGUCUACAAAAAUCUCAAUCCUGAGUGGAACAAAGUCUUCACAUUCAACAUUAAAGAUAUCCAUUCAGUUCUUGAAGUGACAGUUUAUGAUGAAGAUCGGGAUCGAAGUGCUGACUUCCUGGGCAAAGUUGCUAUACCAUUGCUGUCUAUUCAAAAUGGUGAACAGAAAGCCUACGUCUUGAAAAACAAGCAGCUGACAGGGCCAACAAAGGGGGUCAUCUAUCUUGAAAUAGAUGUGAUUUUUAAUGCUGUGAAAGCCAGCUUACGAACAUUAAUACCCAAAGAGCAGAAGUACAUUGAAGAGGAAAACAGACUCUCAAAACAGCUGCUACUAAGAAACUUUAUCAGAACGAAGCGCUGUGUCAUGGUGCUUAUAAAUGCUGCGUACUACGUUAAUAGUUGCUUUGAUUGGGACUCACCCCCAAGGAGCCUUGCUGCUUUUGUGCUUUUCCUCUUUGUUGUGUGGAACUUUGAGCUCUACAUGAUACCGCUGGUGUUGUUGUUACUAUUGACAUGGAACUACUUCUUGAUAAUAUCAGGGAAAGAUAACAGGCAACGUGAUACAGUAGUGGAGGACAUGCUAGAGGACGAGGAAGAAGAAGAUGACAAAGAUGACAAGGACAGUGAAAAGAAGGGGUUUAUAAAUAAAAUCUAUGCCAUCCAGGAGGUAUGCAUCAGUGUCCAGAACAUCCUAGAUGAAGCGGCUUCCUUAGGCGAAAGGAUAAAGAAUACUUUCAACUGGACGGUCCCAUUCCUGAGCUGGCUGGCCAUCGUCGCCCUCUGUGUGUUCACAGUCGUCCUGUACUUCAUUCCACUGAGAUACAUUGUCCUUGUCUGGGGCAUCAAUAAAUUUACAAAAAAGCUUCGGUGUCCCUAUGCAAUUGACAACAACGAACUGCUUGACUUCCUUUCCAGAGUCCCUUCAGAUGUACAAGUGGUGCAAUACCAAGAACUGAAACCAGAUCCCUCUCAUAGCCCAUGUAAAAGGAAGAAAAACAAUCUUGGCUAGCUAGCUCCCAGCACUGAGAAGACCAGCAUCUGCUUGGGAAGAUAAAAAAAUCCUUCAAGCCUCAGCAGCAUUUCCUUUCUUUCUGCUUUUUAUUUAUUUUACCUCUUAAAAAAAUGAUCGUGAGAAUUUGUAAAUAGUGUAUAAGGGCAUAUGUCUUUGAAAAUAUACUUCCAUUGUACAGAAUCAAUUUGAUAAAAGUUUACUUACUGCUGUAAUGAAAGCCUUGUUAGCGAUGGCUAAUAAUAUAACACACUGGAAUAACAAAUGUAAGAAUGGUAACACUGGGAGAUACACACUUCUCUAAUUACAAGUGGAAGAACCAGAUUAGAUUAAAUGCUUUGUUUUGCCUGAUUAAAUCUACAUACAUGUUAAAGGUUUUUUCAUGUGACUAUUUUUUAUCUGAAAAGUACAUUACAGUUUUCUGUUUUACACACUUUGAAAGGGAGGAGGGAGUCCCAAGACGUGAAUAAUGGAACAGAUGCAUUUCAAUUUCACAUAAAUUCUGAUUUCAGAUCCUGACAUUUAUUCCUGAGCAAAGUAUUUAGCUAUGACUAGGCUAAAUUAAGCUAAUGAGUGAAGGUAUAUUCACCCCUCAAAAGAUAUACUCUGAAAUCCUACAAAGAAAACUUUCCUUCUAUCAUUCCAUCUAAAACCUUAAAAUCUCUACAGGAUUAUACAUAAAUACUGCCAGGUUUAUAAAUGAAUGCCUAUCUGAAUUUUUGUACCUACCACUACUUUAAUUUGUAUCAAGUUAGAAAAUUAGCAAAAUUUCAGUAAACAUAACUAGCAAACUAAAUCCAUAUUGCUUUUGGUGUCAGAUUAUACCCCUGAAUAUCUAAAAAUAUUUAAUACUCACAUGUCCUCACAGAAAAAAAGUUAUGUGGUUUCUCAUUAGAUUACUGAAAUCUUUAAUGCAUACUAUGAUUUUUGUUAUUAGUGUGAAUUGUAAUGUAGAGAAUGCAGUGUGCUAAGUGAUACGCCAGUGUUUCAUUACAUUCAUUUAUAGAAAAAAAAUAAUCAUUCUUGAAAAUAUGAAUGCAUGAAAAUCUAUUUUGUAAAAUAAACUGCUUAUGGGGAGGGGGAGUUUGCCUUUAAAAAGAUUUCACUACUUACUAUAGAAUCUAUAUUUAAAAAUUGCAUUCCCAAGACUCUUGUGGUAGUUUUUCUAACUUCAAGUGAGUGUACCUCUGGAAAGAGAAAUAAUUUGGUGAGAAUGUCUUACUCCCCCCCCGACUUGGUAGGGGAUUAAGCUUGCCUAAAAUUGCUACAGAAUGUUUUGCACUACUUUAUUAAUAAUAGACUGAGAAAGGGUGAAGAUGGGGGUUAUGUUGGAAAAAUGUAGAAAAGACCGAAGCAAGAAACAUAUAUUUCUCUCUAAAUUCUUUAACAAUAAAUUUAAUCUCAUCAAAGCUGAUUUUUUAAAGUAUUUUUAUUUUAAAGCUAUGUUGUUAAAUACUAUUUCUUAUGAUAGAACUAUUUUGAUCUGUUUAUACACUAUGGUUGAAAGAUUGUCAAUUAAAUCCCUUUCUACAGAAAGGCUUUGACCUCAAUAAGCUCCGUUUAGUGCAUCAUGUUUGUAACGACAUGCUUAUAUUCGCAUACCAUCAUUCUAUGUUGCUAAGACAAUAUUCCAUGAAGUUGAUGUUACUACAGAAAGUUUGUUGAUAGGAUAAUUUGUUUGAAAUUACCUUUGAUUAUACCUUGUGUGAGGUUUACAUUUCACGCUGACAGUGUCUGCUCAAAUGUCUACAAGCCUGAUAUUCUGUGACCCCAGAUGUACCUAGUGGAUAGUAACCAUUAAUGGAUGACUAAUUUUUGUUUCAUUCUAUGAAAUUUCAGAUGUUUAGUUCAAUGGCAAUGUUGACUAUACCUUCACUGCAUUAAAUAAAAAAUCUUUUCUAAGUA